ACACGCGGAAGUGACAGACUCACUUCUUGCUAACAACAGCUAGCAUCCCGUGUCUCUCCGGUGAACUCUCCGGUGACGGCCCCGCAGUCAUGGCUCUACCGGCUCAGCUCCGGCCCAUCCAGCACCACCUCCGAACCGCCCAGGAGCACGAGGCCCGGGACCCGGUGGUGGCGUAUUACUGUCGUCUCUAUGCUAUGCAGUCGGGCAUGAAGCUGGACAGUAAAACACCAGAGUGCCGAAAGUUCCUGAUCAAACUCAUGGACCAGCUGGAGUCGAUGAAGAAGGAGAUGAGUGACCAUGACUCCAUCACUCAGGAGGUUGUUGGUAACGCCCACAUUGAAAACUACGCCCUGAAGAUGUUCAUCUACGCCGACAACGAGGACCGGGGGGGGCGAUUCCACAAGAACAUGAUCAAGUCCUUCUACACAUCCAGUCUGCUGCUGGACGUCCUGUGUGUGUUCGGGGAGCUGUCAGAGGAGAACAUCCAGCACAGGAAGUACGCCCGCUGGAAGGCUACCUACAUCCACAACUGUCUGAAGAGUGGGGAGACGCCUCAGUCGGGGCCCAUCGCCAUGGAGGGGGACGGGGAAGCAGACGAGUUUGGAGCUGCAGGUUUCUCCGGCUUCUCCCAGGGAGGAUCCUUCAGGGGAGCUCCUCCUACUCAGUCCUUUGACGACCAGAGUCAGGAUCCAGGUCCGGCCCCCGGGUUCGGAUUCACUCCGGGUCCAGGACAGGGACCGUCGGCACCAUCGGGUCCUGGCACCAUCAACUACAACAACGUCCACAUCCCACCAGGGGCCCACGCCCCGGCCAACACUCCAGCCGAGCUGCCUCCGCCUGCAGCAGAAGGAGUGAAACCAGUGCCUUUGCCUCGCUCGGUGCCCGCUGUCGACCCCACACUGCUCAACGCCCAGCAGCAGGGAGGUGUCCACCUCACCCCGGAGGACUUCACCAAGGCUCAGAAGUUGUGUAAGUACGCGGGCAGCGCCCUGCAGUACGAGGACGUGGGCACGGCGAUCCAGAACCUCCAGAAAGCUCUGAAACUUCUCAUGACCGGCAAAGAAUGAAGCCUUUGUCCUCCUCAAUCUGAUCCCUCCAUCAUCCAGCCCUCCUCCAUCCCCCUCUUUUCUAGAGCAGCGCCGCUGAUGUGGCCCACAGCGACACACAAACACACACACACACACACACAAUGAGGCCGUCCUAUUCAGUUUGCUGUCAGAGGAGGACAUGAUGGAAAUCAGUCUGCAACAAUGGCUGCCUGUGUCUGACGCUGUGUCGCACUGACUGACUCAAUGACUCUCUGACUCUCUGACUCAAUGACUCAAUGACUCUCUGACUCUCUGACUCUCUGACUCUCUGACUCAAUGACUCUCUGACUUUCUGACUCUCUGACUCAAUGACUCUCUGACUUUCUGACUCUCUGACUCUCUGACUCAAUGACUCUCUGACUCUCUGACUCUCUGACUCAAUGACUCUCUGACUCUCUGACUCUCUGACUCUCUGACUCAAUGACUCAAUGACUCUCUGACUCUCUGACUCUCUGACUCUCUGACUCAAUGACUCUCUGACUUUCUGACUCUCUGACUCUCUGACUCAAUGACUCAAUGACUCUCUGACUCUCUGACUCUCUGACUCUCUGACUCAAUGACUCUCUGACUUUCUGACUCUCUGACUCAAUGACUCUCUGACUUUCUGACUCUCUGACUCUCUGACUCAAUGACUCUCUGACUCUCUGACUCUCUGACUCAAUGACUCUCUGACUCUCUGACUCUCUGACUCUCUGACUCAAUGACUCUCUGACUUUCUGACUCUCUGACUCUCUGACUCAAUGACUCUCUGACUCUCUGACUCUCUGACUCAAUGACUCUCUGACUCUCUGACUCAAUGACUCAAUGACUCAAUGACUCUCUGACUCUCUGACUCUCUGACUCUCUGACUCUCUGACUCAAUGACUCUCUGACUCUCUGACUCAAUGACUCAAUGACUCAAUGACUCUCUGACUCUCUGACUCAAUGACUCAAUGACUCAAUGACUCUCUGACUCGCAGACUCAGAUCUGAACAAGCUGACAAGACGUCUUAUUACCUCCACAGUAAUAAGACGUCUUUUCUUGUCUUUUCUUGUCUUUUCUUGUCUUUUCUUGUCUUUUCUUGUCUUUUCUUGUCUUUCCAGCGACUCAACGCGGAUUCAACAGGAAACUGUGACGUGUUGAGUCGAUAUUUUUAACUUCAGUUGCUGUUUUAUAAGUUGAAACUGUCACGUUCAGCUCAGACGUUGAAGAACAAAGGGUGGAGGAAAACAAAACAAUCCAAUAAACCGUGGAAUAAAACUGCUGUUUGGUGUGGGGCUGUCUACAGGGGGCGCUACUUCACGUGAUGACACAUCACUUUCUCUGUGUUGAUUGUUCCUGAGGUGGAAGUGGAGGUUGUUCUGCUCAUCUAACGUUUCUCAGAAGUUCUUUUAGUGAGAUGUUUGGUUUUUGGUUUUUACAGUUUCUAAGUUUCUUCAGAAUCAAAGAGAUUUGAAUAAAAUAUUUGAAAACAUGCUGAGAUGUUGACUUGUGUAUUUUUAUGUUUCAGUGAUUAAAGCUGAGAUAAAAAUCUUUAAAACUAUUACAAUUGAUUCUUCAUUUUGCCAUGAACUGUUGUGUGAAGCACUUUGUAGCCCUGUUUAAAUAAGUGCCAUAACAAUAAAGUUAUUCUGGUUCUGGUUCUGA